CUGAAGUUGUUUGUACUUAAUCUGAUCUGGUAUUUUUCACGUUUCCUUUUGAGGUUUUACAAUUUAAAUAGAACAAUUUGGAAGAAUGGAUUACUAUGAAGAUAAGGAAUAAAAUUGCAGUCGUUAAUACAUAAUGUCAGAUUUCUCACUAGUUGGUCAUCUAACAGAGUGAUGCGGCUCUCUGUUCGACGGGGAUUUAUACUACUAUUGUGUCUGUUUGGAGUGUAUGGUGCUGUGAAAGCACUGUACCAUAUGCUUAUGUGCCAGAGUGGAAAUCCUCAUAGCCUUCGAGUGUCAGUUGUAGUUAAGGGCCACAACCAGACCCUAUACCACUAUAACCAAGACUCACCGAUAGUGUUUGUUGGUGGAGUACCUCGCUCAGGCACUACACUUAUGCGUGUCAUGCUUGAUGCCCACCCGGAUAUCCGCUGUGGCGAGGAGACCCGUGUGAUCCCACGGAUUCUGUCUUUGCGCCAUGGCUGGAGGAGGUCAGAAGAGGACCGCUGGGCCCUGGAAGAAGAGGAGAUUACACAGGAGAUGCUAGACUCAGCCACGGCAGCCUUUUUGCUUGAGGUCAUUGCUCGUCAUGGUGAGCCUGCACCGCUGCUCUGCAAUAAGGACCCAUUUACGCUGAAGAGCUCCAUCUACCUCUCUAAAUUAUUUCCCAACUCAAAGUUUCUUCUUAUGGUGCGUGAUGGUCGGGCCUCAGUACACUCAAUGAUCUCAAGACAAGUUACAAUUGCUGGUUUUGACCUUUCCAGCUACAGGGACUGCCUUAGCAAGUGGAGCCAAGCAAUAGAGGCCAUGUUAUUUCAGUGUAUGUUAGUAGGUUCUACACGAUGUUUGACUGUUCACUAUGAAGAUUUAGUCCUGCAACCACGCACCACAAUGAUGACCGUGCUGGAGUUUUUGAAUGUACCAUGGAAUGAAGGGGUACUUCACCAUGAGCAAGCUAUUGGGCAGCCUGGAGGAGUUUCCUUAUCUCGAAUUGAACGCUCCACUGACCAGGUUAUCAAACCAGUUAACCUCGAGGCACUCACUCGCUGGGUAGGGCACAUUCCAGCUGAUGUUCUUAAAGAUAUGCACAAUAUUGCUCCAAUGCUUAAUAAGCUAGGCUAUGACCCCAGUGCAAAUCCCCCAGACUAUGGCCAACCAGAUCCUGAAGUAAUACAAAAUACUGAAAAGGUGCUCAAGGGAGAUUUUAAAACUCCAGCAAGUUUGAAAAGGCCAUCGCAAGAAAGUAUUAAAUAAAAAUCUCUGUAGGUGUCUAUGUCUCUUGUAUUUAAUAAGUUCAGGUUAAAACAUGUAUUGGCACAAUGAUGUGCCUAUGCAGAAAUAUUUACCUACUAACAUAAAGAAAACCCACAUGGACACAAAACAUGCAAAAAUUCACACAUUCAGAAUCAAACCAGGAACUGGGAUUGUAAAGCUACAAUGCUACAUGCUUCAUCAGUGCAUUCAGUAAAACAUUCCCUUCAUCUUUGCACACCUUGGUUUUUUAUUUUUAUUUUUAUUUUUUGCCAUUCUUCAUGGCAAAUCCUCUCAAGCUGGGUCAGAUUCAAUGAGGCUUGUCGGUAAAGAGCCACUUUUAGGUCUCUCCAAAGAUGUUGAACAGGGUUCAUGUCAGGGCUCUGGCUUGGCUGUUCAAAGCUGUCUUUUACAGAUGCAUUGUCAUGAUAGGAAAAUCUAAUGCUACUGCUUCCAAAGGCAUCCUAUACAAGUGUGUGCUUCUAACUUUGUGUUAUCAGUUUGGGAAAGAACCACAUAUGGCUAGGAAAUAUCUACUGUGUAUAGGGCCAAAUUGUGAUGGCUAGACCACACGGUCAGAGCAUCUCCAAAGCUGCAGCUCUUGUGGGGUGUUCCUGGACUGCAGUGGUCAAUAUCUAUCAAAAGUGGAGAUACCACAGCACACCUUCCGGGGUCUUGUGAAGUCCAUUACUCGAUGGGCCUGGGCUGUUUUGAGUUCAUAUCUUGCAAUUCUGACUUUUAUUUCUGAGAAUUGUGAGAUAUGAACUCGCAUUUUUGAGAAAAAAAAAGUGAGAAUUGUGAAAUAUGAACUCGUAAUUGCGAGUUAUAAAAACUAAAUUCUGGGACACCUUCUGGCAAAGCACCAUGGGAAACCACAAUAUGUAAUUCUUACCUUUUUAUUGAAAACAGAGCUUUGUAUGCCAUUUUCCUGAUGGCAAUGUAUGGUUAUAAUAACUAUUUGGCCAGAAAGUGUCACAAAUGAGUAAACACUCUCACACUUAAACACUCAUAUCUCAUAUCAGUUUACCUACAAACCCUACUGGUCAGCUGAAGAUGCCUAUACCUCAAGUCUUCACUCUGCCCUGGCUUACCUAGCUUAACUCAAACUCCAUAAUCAAUAAUUCAUAUCAUGCUACGGUAAUAGGCCUAAUCAGUGAUGAUGAUUAGAUGACCUACACGAAAAGGUUUCAGCACCUAACAGCUUUGUGUACAAAUAACAAUCUUACACUCCACUCGACUACUGAUAGACAGUGGAUUUCUGAUCAGAAGGUCAUGAGUUCAAACUCCAGCACAACCAAGCCACCACUACCACAAAGCCCUUAACCCUCAAUUGCUCAGUGUAUGAAUAAGCUUUUUGUAAUUUGAUCCUGAUAAGUGUCUCUGCCAAAUGCUGUAAAUAAAAAUGCACUCAAAACCCAAAA